UAUAUAUGUUAUUGUAUUUUCUCACAAGCGAGAAUUUUGUGAUUCGCGUCUUUUAGGAAAGUUACACCUUUACUUUCUUAACGUCACAUCCUCCCUCUACCGUUCCCGGAAGUAAACCAAAAUAAAAGGGCAGGUAAACCGCUGGGACUCGAACUCUGCAGGUUGUUGGAUAAAUCUUGAACCUUGACGCGUGAUCGUCUCCGGGGCAGGAUGACGUUCCCCUCCGCCUUCGGCUCGCAGCUCGCCGCCAUCAUGGACGUGUUGGCGAAGGCUGCGGUGGCCGAGAUCUCGAAGCUGGUGGAGGACGGGACGCUGGUGCUGCGGCUGGAGAUGUGUCGGAGGGACGUGGAGAUCCAGGAGCUGAAGAGGAGCCUGAAGCUGAUGGAGGUGGAGCUGUGCAAAGCUCGGGAAGCGGUCGAGACCCGAGCCACAGAGGAGGAGCAGGAGGAGGAGGAGGAGGAGGAGCAGGAGGAGCAGGCAGCCCGGACCCAGGUCCCCUCGACAGAUGAAAAAGAGAAUGAGCCAACACGCGCAGGGUAUCUGGAACCAGAGACGGCUGAUUCACUCUGCAAGCACCGGCAUUGCAACCAAGACGGUGACGACAUGAGGCCGGCGGUGAAACCCGAGCCAGCGGGGGAGCUCGUGAUCCAGGAAGCAACAGACAACACUGCAACAGUGGCGACUAAUGUUUGCUUUGAGGUGGGAGAGGGAAGUGACUCCAUCUGGCCUCCUGCAGCUUGUGGCAUGUUCGAGAAAAGCUCUGUAGCGAUGCAGCACGUGCAGAUGUUCCCCUCUCACACGGAGCAAUUUUCUGCUCACAGAAAUACAGAAAGUUCCUACAACUCUCCAACAGCAACACAGGAAGACGAUUCGACAAGUGUGCCGAUAAAAGUAGAGACAGAGAUUCAACCUGUGUGCUCAGUUGGCAUCACUUCAGGCAUCACUUCGUCUGUGGGUAAUGAACCAUUGAGACGGGUUUCCUGCCCGGCAGCCGGUGAGAACCAGUGUCUGCAGUCUCCUCCACAACAGGCUGGGCGCUCACCCGCUGUCCCUCCUGUGCCGAGGUCGUCCGCAGCCACAGAAGAUCACAUCCUCAGUAGAAACAACCUGAGAACAAAAAGACUCAUGCACGUGUGGAGAGGGAAUCAGAAACUCUUCAUCUGCUCCGUGUGCAACAAGGGUUUCCCCCGCUUGUCCCAGCUGGAGGAGCACAAGGCCACUCACCAGCUCUUCAAACCUUUCCGGUGCCUGGAAUGUGGGAAGUCUUUCACCCAGAAGACCCGGCUGAAGACGCACCAGAGCGUGCACACGGGCGAGCGGCCGUUCAGCUGCACAAUCUGCGGAAAGAUGUUCUCCAGGCAGGACAACUGCACGAGACACGAGCGCUUCCACAGCGGCCUGAAGCCGUACAGCUGUGGGCAGUGUGGGAAAAGCUUCACGGUGCUGGGCAACCUCAAAAUCCAUCAGGAGAUUCACCUGCAGGGAAGAUAGCUCCCAGUGACUCCCAGUGACGCUCUGAGACUGAAGAGGAUUUCAUUUAUGUUUUUAUAAUAUCAUAUAUAUAUAUAUUUAUUUGAGAUUUUAACUGUUUUCUAUGUAAAGAUGUAGUGAAGUAACUGCAUCCUGAGCUGAUAAUGAAGUCGUAUUUCUUUCUCUUCUUUGCUUUGGUAUCUGUUCUGUUCAUAUUAGUGCAUGUCAGAAGGCAACGCCCCUUUUCCACUGGUGUAAACACCCACUGACAUCUGGCUUAUGUCUGAAACGUGGAUGGAUGCAGUCGUAUUCCCGCCCGGGUCAAAUGACUCUGGUCUUAAUUGGCUUCAUUGAAUCAGCAGUGAUGAAAACAAGACCCCUGGUUAGUCAAUCACCUUUUUAGCAGGUUUACCCAGGGUUUAAAAACCUGCACAUUCUGGAGUGAAAGAAGUACAAGAUGGCUCCUGUGUGAUCGCCAGCACGAACCCUUCUCCUUUCAGAAUACACAAACACUGUUAACACGCCUGCCCACCACUGUGACACCUAAUGGCUUCACUUAUUUGUAUACACUUUCCAGGCUCCUCACAGCUAAGAUGAUGAUGACAAUCUACCAGCCGCCAUUCAGGCCCUUUAAGUGUUCUGUGAAAUCAGGGCUGAGAAAAUAAGUUUCAAAACACACUUUUGCCGAAUGGGGCAUCUCCCACGAAGGCCUGAGCACCGACAGGAGCACCAACCUGCAGAUGAGAUCCAGCACCACAUCCGCUUUACCACUGUGCACCAACUGAGAACACAGAGGGAGGGGGGAGGUGCAGGUUAUGAACAUUUGUGUUGGUGCUAGUGCGACAUCUAGUGGCAGUAAAUAUCUUAACCUCUCAAUGAACUCGAACAGGCAUAACUAGAGCAGGCCUUCAUCAAGGCCCUGCAGGCCCUGUCAGUUCCAUCAAGCUGCACUAAACUGCACACAAUCAGUAUCAGUGCCCUUGAUUUGUCAGAUCCAUUCAAAGGGCGAACACGUGAAAAAAUGCCCCAUCUUGCAAUGUGUAAAAUAAUUCCUGGUUCUGCCUCCUGAUCUGGAUACACACCAACGAAACGUGUUCUUCCCUGACCCAGUUCACAUCCUUCCACCAAGUGUCGUGUUAAUCUGUCCUGUAGUUUUUGUGUAAUUGAGCAAGUUGACAAACAAACAAACGCUGAUGAAAACAUCACUUCCUUGGCAGAAGUAAAAAUGUCCACCUUACAUUUCAUGGACAGACAUACUGGUUCUGUACAAAGCAUCGAUGAGGAAAAUGUAAUGUAAUUUAUUAACUGUUUCAACCUGUGUGCUGAUAUAAGGAUGUAUGUUCUCACAUUCAGGAGUGGGAAACACAUCGAUGGUAUAAACUUCAGUAUCAGGAGAGAAAACACCAGAACCCUGAAUCCUUAGGUUGAACUAUUUUAUCAGUCCUCACCAAAGGUAUUUAAGUGCCUUGCACAUUUAAAGGUGUCGUCUCCUUUGUGUAACGUCCCUAUUUGUGUUGGACCUUCCAGAUACAAACCGAGUGUUUAACCUAGAGUCACAUGUUGAACUCAUUGUUGGGUGAGGUAGUGAUGUUGUGCGUCAAAGGAAGGGGAUUGUGCGAUGUGUACCUAUGCAAUAAUAUACUGUGUUUUGCGUUUGAUCGCAAUUCAAAUCUAUCUGUGGAGAUUUGUUCUUCUCUUGAUAUUAAAGUCUGUUAAUUAUUA